UCACCCGCCACGCUUAAGUGCGCAGCCUAUUUUCUGUGUUGUGUGUUUUGGGGCAUUUCUGUAAAAGUGUGCAACAAUGGCUGGCGGACCUGUAAAGGUGUAUCUGGAUUUUCUGUCUCAGCCCUGCAGAGCUCUUUAUAUCUUCCUGAAACACAAUAAAAUCCCGCACACCGUGCAGCUAGUGGCCUUACGAAAAGGAGAGCACAAGAGUCCUGAUUUUACACGCCUUAACCCCAUGCAGAGGGUCCCAGUGAUGGAACAUGACAAGUUCGUCCUGACUGAGAGUGAUGCUAUACUAAAGUAUCUGGCGAAUACGUACGAUGUUGCGGAGCACUGGUACCCCCGCGACCCUAAGCGCCGCGCCCGGGUGGACGAGUACACAGCCUGGCACCACGCCAACACGCGCCUGAAUGUCGUCAAGGUCUUCAUGACCGAGGUGUUGCUGCCAAUGAUGACCGGUCAGCCUGCUGAGCAGAAGAAGCUGGAGCAAGCUCUGCAGGAACUGGAUCAGACGCUGAGGAAGAUGGAGGAGAUGUUCCUCAAAAGGCAGGCCUUCCUUUGUGGAGAUGACAUCACCAUCGCUGACCUGCUGGCAGUGUGUGAGGUCAUGCAGCCUCUCGGCGCUGGUCGGGACGUCCUGAAGAAUCAUGAGCAGCUCCAGAACUGGAAGUCCAGAGUGCAGUCGGCUCUGGGGGAGCCGUUUAACGAAGCUCACAGUUUCCUGUUCAAACUCGGGGCGAAAAAGCCAAAGCUGUAAAAUAAACCAGUUUAGUAAAAGCGCAUUUCUCAGUAAAGCUGGAUAACUUGAACCCAAAGUCAGUACUCUCAAUGUGGUUACUUCCCAAAUACCAUUCUGUGGUUAAAGCACUUUAGGAGGUGGUCUGAUACGAUUUUGAGCGAAGUGAUCAGUGUGAACAGGGUCUCCGAUAACACAGUGAACCUGUCCUGUUUUGGAACAGUCGGAGUUUAGGUUCAGGUUAUCUGGCUAACUGACUAAUCCCAGGGAAUGCCCCAGAAAGCACCUUUUCAUGUUAAUUUGGGUUUAAUCACUCAACUUUAUUACUUUAUUUACUCAGUGUGAUCAUUAUUCAUUAGUUUAAAACUGUUUUGUAUUCUUCAUUUCUAUCUGGUGUUUCUUCUACUGAACAGUGGCGUCUACACCGUGAUUGAUGCAUCUGUAGGGUGCUCUGUUUAAUGCUUUGUGUUUACAUGCAAAAUAUACAAUCUUCAGAUAAGACCAUGCAUCUAUAAUACAGCAACUAAACUUCAAUAAAAUAUGGGUUGAGGAAAAAGUGGGAUAUGAAGCCUUUAAAAGGAAUCCUGGACUGAUUCUAGAGCGAAUCAAGAAAAGAAUUAAAAGCAAGCCUGGUCCCAAUUGGUGCCCUAUAUAACCUGUGGUCGUACACCAAGAGCAUACACACACACUAGUGUUUUUUUCUGUUUUAAUUGGAGUGUUUGCACCACAAAUUAAAAAAUGUGAAAGAUGUUUUCGAGUCUGGUAGUGGUCAAGUACUGAAAAAAUUGGUUUGGAGUUUGCUUAAGUAGCCUAUAUCUGAAGCUAUCCGCUCCCUGUGCCAUGUGUGUGGUUGGGUGAUUGGUUACUUUUAUAACAAGACAAAGUUUCAUUGAGUGAAUCAUCACUUUAAUUAUUUCCAUCGUACUGUGAACAUACAAGUAGCAAUUUAACUAAUAGAAUUGCGCAUUCGAUCCGUGAUAAAGACUGAUAAUAAGCGCAAGAUUCUGUCCUUGGUGCGAAUAAUUAAUAUUUUUAUACAAGCGUGCAAACACCCUACGUAUGCACUCAGGUGAUGUACCUGUUAAGUCAAGUUCACUUGAUAGUGACCCUUGCUGAAAAGCUUAAAAAGGGCACCUAGAGGGCGCUAGUGUACACAAUUUAUAUUGGCAGAAUGAAGAAUUGGGACAUGCUACAGCAUAGGCUCUUGAGUUUUCAGCAAGCUUGUGUUGGUGUUUGUGACACUGACCAAUCAGUUACGUUAAUAGUUCUAUUAAAUUCCAGCGAGAACAAGAUCCAAGACUAGAAACUGGAUUUAAGGUCCAGAUUCGAGAUCCUGAGCACCACUUGGGACUGGGUUUGGUUUAGAUCUGGGAAGGUAUGAUCAUGUGUGAACGCUGUUUUCAUGUCUGGUAGUGGUCUGGAGUAGCAAAUACUGAAAUAAUUGGUUUUGUGGAAUAAUUGCUUAAGUGGAAUAUACCUGAAGCUAUCUGCUCCCUGUGCCAUGUGUGCGGUUGGGUGAUUGGUUCCUUUUAUAACGUGACUUUCAUUGAGUAAAUCAUGACUUUACUUAUUUCCACCUAUUUGUGAACGUAUAAGUAGCAAUGUAAGGGGACCUGAGCGCCAUUUGGGACUGGGCUUCAGUUACAGUUAUGGUGGAGCAAGAAUUACUGUAGGCGCUUUGCGUCUAGCAGAGCUAGCAGCUUCUAUAAAGCUUUUAAUUCAGUACUGAUGGGCUGGUUUUAUAAAGCAGCCGGUUCUGUUCGGUUUGAGCUGAGGAAUUGAGCUGACACUGCAGUGGUUCUGGUGUGCCUUUAGAACUGUUCUAUGUUUAUUUAGAAUGAGGUUCAAAUUGAUCACUACUGAAUGUGAUUUUUUUUGUCACAAUGGCCUAAAAUGACUGAAAUAACUAAUUAAUUGUUAAUAAAAUGCUAAACUGACAA